UCUUCUGAAUUGCACAUUUGAUACCCCCAGAAGUUACGCAUUAUGUGUAUCUGGUGGGCGCAACGCAUUUUCUUGAAUCCGGUUCCGGCGUGCCGACGACACCGAUGCCUGCGUGCCCACGGACUGAUCACAGGGCUUUUACCCGAACAGCACUGAAUGGUAGCAGCUGAGAGACGGGUGCGGAGCAAGGGCGGCCAAACCCGGAGGAUUUCUCACGGCUCACGGACUAGAAUGCACUUCUAUAUGUAUCCCCAUGAACGGAUGACAACCUCCAAACAAACCUACACUGAAAACUUUCAGCUCUGCAUCUGACGCGGGGGUGUUAUUGACAUUUUUUAUCAGCCAGGUCCAAGAGCAGACAUCAUGCAGGUGCAAACUGUGGGCUAACGUUACUGAAAUGACUUGCUCGGCGCUGACGCGUUUCAUUGUGCCAUGCCAGCCCCGCAUUGUCAGAUGCCAUUUUACUCUGCGUUACCCCAGCGUCUGGACUUCCAACAUACUGGGCCUGUUGUGUAAUUAGAAGUCCGUGAGUGAGGCAGUGGCAAACGAGCUGGUGCAAUGAGAAGCUACGUUGUCCAAGGCAUUGUGCGCAAUUUGUGCUGAAGCUUAUGGGUCCUGCGUACUCCAGCUCCCGGCUUCCACUUGGAGAGGUGUGCUGCGGGGCUACAGCGCACUGGCUGUCAGCUUCACAUCUGGACCGCCUGGAUACUGUCAUCUGCGGCCUGCUCGGACUGUGCACUCCCUGAACUUGUAUGUCUGAGUGGGAAAACUUAUUGACAUCGCCUCGGAUGGUGUUGUCGUGUUAGGGGAAGGGGUGAAUAUUUGACAGGGAACUUGACGUUAUCGGUGAUCCGCUGGGAACACCGUUGUCCAAAGCUGGACUGGCUGACUACUCAAGGAAAAAACGCUUGUCAAGCUAUGGAUUUUGCGUAGCUAAGUCACGCAUUUUUAAAGGCAACGCUAGGGUGACAUUGCAGUCUUCUCACCACAUCGGUUAUUUCGUCGUCCGACAAAAAAAUCAAAGAGUGAAAGUGGAGUAUUGUCCGUCAUACGCAUCAACGCAGUGGGAUUUCUACGUCUGGUCGGCGUUCCCCCCCACCCUUCCCGCGGUGACGGUUAUGGGUCGGAAGCGGUGUGUCGGUGCAGAUUGUUCCAAGAUGGCGGCCGGGUGCUGCGGGGUGAAGAAGCAGAAACUGUCGGGAUCGCCCGGGUCGGGGGGUCCCGGCGGGGUGGGGGCGGGAAGCGGGGUGACAGGAACCGGACAUUGUGGAUCGGAGUUAGGGAUUGGCUCCUCGGCGACUGUUGCAGCAGCGGCAGCGGCGGCCAACGCGAGCAGAGCCAACGGCCUGGGGGGACCCGGGGGUAACGUUAGCGGCGGCGGCAGCAGCAGUGGCAGUAGCGGGACGAACGCUCUGUCCCCAGCCCCGGCCGGUUACACUUCAUCCGGCCUUUCCCCGAAUCUCAGCCCGGGACCUGGCUCGGGAAGUGGGGGAAGAAAAAUGGUCGUCUCCGCGGAGAUGUGCUGCUUCUGUUUCGACGUGCUUUAUUGCCAUCUGUACGGAUACCAACCUCCGAGAACACCCAGGUUUACAAACGAUCCCUACCCGCUGUUUGUCACAUGGAAAAUAGGCAGAGACAAGCGGUUGAGGGGUUGUAUAGGUACAUUUUCUGCCAUGAAUCUGCACUCAGGACUCAGGGAGUACACCCUUACCAGUGCCCUUAAAGACAGCCGCUUCCCCCCCAUGACAAGGGAUGAGCUGCCUCGCCUCUUCUGCUCAGUGUCUCUUCUCACCAACUUUGAAGACGUCGGUGAUUACCUUGACUGGGAGGUGGGUGUUCACGGUAUUAGGAUAGAGUUUUUCAAUGAAAAAGGAUCAAAGCGCACCGCCACCUACCUACCAGAGGUUGCAAAGGAGCAAGGUUGGGACCACAUUCAAACCAUAGAUUCCUUAUUACGAAAGGGAGGUUACAAAGCUCCCAUCACAAAUGACUUCAGGAAGACCAUUAAGUUAACCAGGUACCGUAGCGAGAAGAUGACAAUGGGUUAUGCAGAGUACAUUGCCCACCGCCAGCACCAUCACUACCAGAAUGGCAUUGGGCACCCUCUACCACCCUACAACCAUUAUUCCUGACAGCGAGCCGCAUGACCAAUCAUUGGACCUCUCCGCGGACCUUUUCCCAGGAGAGCCUGCCCCCUCCUGGUCUAGCUAUUUCUACUACUGUACCAUUUUAUGAUGAUAGUUUCCGUUGCCAUGCUGGCCGUCUCCCAGACGUUGACAUGGCAACGGGUGGCAACGAAGCAUCAUUUGAUAAUGGGAAGAAAUCCACAUUUUUCGUUUUCUUUGCCUGUGGUUAAGUUUUUGCAGCAUAUGUAUACUUCUAUCUAUAACCCCCUUCAUUCAUAUUAUUUGAAAAAAUUAACAAAUAUUAGAUUUUAUUAAUCUUUUCAGCAAACCUAAUCAGGUGUUUGAUUCUGUGGAUGGAAGGAAGUCUCUUACAGUGGAUUAGUCUUGCUCUUUAUAUUGUUUAGGCUUUGCUACAAUUUUACAUUUAAUAAGAAAAUUCGUUUUUUUUUUCUUUCCUCAUUUUCUUUAUCUUACUAUCCAGACAUUACGUAUACCAUGUAGCAAGGCAACUGCAGUUCUCAAAGGCUGUGUCGUCUCUAUUCUGAUUCCUCUCAAAAAAAGGUUGACUGUUGAGGUUGUUUUAGCCUUGUAAACUGUAGUGUUGUAGUUGGAACUAUAUAUACUGGGAUCUGUAUACUCCAAAGUAUAGAUUGUAGGAUUGUGAUGCCCUUUGACCAGCCCGCGCUGGUUGUCUUUAUUGUUUGAGCUCACAAUCGUGUGUGUGUAUGUGUGUAUUUCUGUGUGUGGAUAUAGACAUUGGUCUGCCAUGAGAUGAAAAACCAGUAGAGUAAAUUAGUAAUUGGAUUGAACCUAAAGAUUCCCUAAGAUAAUUUUUUUGGACCCCCCCCCCUCGGAGUAUUUGUAGUGUUUUUGUGGUUGAACCCGUACAUCUUGAACUGCGUUUGUUAGGCUAGAGUUCACAGCUGCGUUCCCUCUCUACUCUUUUAGUUUUUUCGGUUCAACUUUUUUCAAAUAUAUGGUAACUGCGGAGGAAGCCAUUUUGUCUGAGGAUAAUCACAUCUGUGCAGGUGAUUUGUUAACUGUGUUUGUAAAAUAAAUGGGCUACGAGUGGGUCCGAUCUCCCUGCAUUGAAGAGGGGGAGCAGUUGUAACUACAGGUCCCUAGAAUAAGUUGGGGGGAAAAAAUGCAUGCUUUCAAAUGUGUGUUGGUUUCUGAGUUCACUGGCAGGGAGUCACUCGACAGGCUAUAACUACUUAAAGCCAUAUUCUCUUUUUAUUCCACACUUUGUAAGAGUGGUCAGUUGUUUGGCUUGAAGUGUUUGCAUUCGAUGCCACUAAACAUUUUGGAGGGAGGUGUUCAUCCUCUGAAUGCAAACGUAAACCAGCAAGCCACAGGCUAAGGCUGCAUCACUGAAUACUCGUCGAGCUUGGCGGUUUCAGCCAUCUGUCCGUCUCGUGAAUAGUUGCCUGCGUCCUUGUGGAAUCAUUGUCUUGCCCUUUCAGAUUAAUAGCUAACCAUUGUCACUUGUCCACAAAGUAUGAUGUAUUAAAAUAGUCAUUUUUGAAUGAAAGACACACCACUCUGACGCACAAAGGAAGUGAUGUAAUCAACAUGUUCGUGGUCAUUUAGAGCUGCAUGUCAUUGUGCUUCUUUUUUUUUUUUUUUACAUUCUUGAGUUGCAGUAAUGCAGCUCGUGGAUUUUAGCUGUCGAAGCCGCACCACCGCCGUCCCCUCCUUUUUCUCACACUCUGCUUUUCAGUGAGAUCCCGUUUGAUCUGCGUGUCCCCGGCGCAGGAAAUGUUUUGAUAUGCGGCCUGUUUUGUCAGCUGUUUGGCAGCGAGUUAGAGCAGACACAGUCGAAUCAGUUUGAGCGGAAUCUCCGCAACGGGGGCCGGGGGCGGCUCGCAAUGGAAGUCUACAAAAAAGAAGGAAAAAAAAGAAAAAAGCCAGAGCUUUGUAAGGACUUAAGAAGCCAUUUCCCCAUCCAAAUAUUACCUGGUGUGAGUCACAUCCACACACACGUUAGGUUAGUCGGAUAUACUCUCCGGAAUGUUUUGAACCGUCGAGGACCAUCACGUGGUCCGCUUCGUUUUUGGGUUUGGUUUUGCUAACUGGAAUUUUUGAGAGGUUACUUGACCAACAACUUUCUUUGUAACAGCCUUUACUAACUGACAGGUUAUUUUUUCUUUAUGCAAAAUGUCAAGGGCUUUUGGCACUCCAUCCACAGUAACCCGAAAUGACCCAGAUUUAAGUUGUGUUGCCUUAAAUGAAUGAUUUAAUACGUGAUGGACCAGUAGAUGUUGCUCCUGAGUGCUCCUCUGUCCCCGUGGUUUUCUUUUUAUUCCCAGUUCCAUCUUUACACCACAGGGCAGGAGAGGGCCCCAGAUGGUGUUUUCUUCACUUGAAUGCUAUCGCUAAUACUUUCUUAGACAUAUGGGGGCUCCUGUAUGCCUGCAGACUUUUUUUUGAUCACGUCUUACCCAGCUGCUGCUCCUCAAUACUUUCACCCCCCCCCUAUUUUUAAAACCUAUUCAUAAACACAUUCUCUUUUAAAAUAAUUCUGCACACUGUGGCGUCAUUUAAAACCACGGGAAGACGAGACUUCACACCGUUAAAAAAAUACACUACACAUUUCAUGACGUUUAUUUAUUUUUUUAUGUAGAGGAACAGUCAGGCAUUCAUUUCCUGGUCCAUUUAAUACAGCACAACCUGAAUUUCUCUGCUGCAAAACCAAAUUGACCAUGCUCUUUUACAUAUAUGUCUUUGUAUACACAUGCAAUGUAUUUUGUUGCAUGUAUGUAUGAGUAUGAGACCUAUGGUUUUAUCCAUGAUAUGCUUGAUCUAUGGCUUAGACACUCUUAUUAACCGUUAAGAGAUUUAAAAGACAAAUAUGGUGCUAUCGGACCUCAUAUUGGGGUGGUCACAUCUCGUGACUGGUCAUGCGGACUCAUCGAUCAUAUCAUACUUAAAGAUGCUACAUGUAAGAUUUCCUCUUUUUUUUUUUAGUGUAUUGCUGUGAAAUUGUUCACGACGGCACACUUUUAAUAUUGAUGGAUGUGACUGUCAUCGAUACGUAGUAGCCCCAGCUCUCAUUGUGUCCAGUGCGGGUGAAUUUUUUUUGGGAUCAGUUCCCUAUGGGAAAAACAGAUACUUUCACAUAUAAGGAAGAAGGACAAGUCCCAGCAGCAAACACGUCAGAGGGGCUAUGGAAUGUACUGUCAGUGGUCGUUAUUACAAUUUAACAGUGAUAUGUUAAGAGAAAAUCCUACAUGUUACCUUUACUAUCCUUGAUAUAUGCAGAUCUGUUCAACAGGUGUUAUUUUGUUUUUUGUUUUGUUUUUUCCUACCAGUGCAAGUCAACACCCCUGCAGGUUUGAAAGGACAAGAAGUCACACGUUUAACCUCCUCCCCUCGAUUACUCCCCCACACUGUGGCCCAACCUCAUGGCCUAGUUUGUCAAGGUGUGAUGUGUGCGUCGUUCGGUAGAUAGUGGCAGUAGUAGUGAUCGUUGCCUCUCCCGGAAAUGGCGGAUGUCGCUUUGUGUUUUUUAUUUUAUCAGAGCGCAUCCACCAUUUUCCUCUAGCUGCUGAAUCCGUUUGACCUCCUCUGAAAAGGCAUGGUUUGAUUUGUUGACUAGUAGAGAAGGACCUAAGUCGAAGACAAGCGUCUCCUACACCGGGAGUUAAUGUUUUACGUAGAACACGCAGACUCUAGUUAAUGUUUCUGUACUGAUGAACUGUUUAAAAAGCAUUGAUACCUCAUGGGAUAUUAUGGAACGACAUGUGUAGUUUGUUGUAGCAGAUCGUGUGUGUUUUGGUUCCAUACCAGGGUUAGAGUUCAGCCUCAGCAUUCCUUGUGCAGUCAUUCUCAUACGUGGUGGAAUGCUCAAGCUCAUGUUACCUUCGUAUGUUCGACUGAACCAAAGAUGCCAGCGGCCAUGCCCAAAUGCUGCUCUUCAGGCCUGGCUUCCUGUCCUUCCAAAAAACACCCCUGCAAUUGACAAAAUGUUCUUUGUCUUUUUUUUGUGUGUGCGAUUUCUCAACUGUCGACUUAUUGAGCAACCCCAUUUUUUCAAUGAAUUUUCAUUGAAUUUUCAUUGAAUCUGUCUCUGAAGCCGUUCAUGGCAUCAAGGAUGGUUUAAAAUGGUUGCAAAUUGUUGUUACUUGUUUUGUUUAUUAUUAUUAUUAUUAUUAUUAUUAGUAUUAGUAUUAUUAUUGCUAUAAUUUACAAAAAUGAAAAUCCCAUGGUGUGCCUCCUAGCUUUAUGGGUUUAUAAAUGUUUUUUUCCCUAAAGACCAGCAGUUAUACUUUGUAUAAAAGAUGGAUUUUUCCUUAUUUUUUAUGCCAUUAAAGAUGAAAAAGCCUGUUUUCUUUACUCUGGACCCAGUAGCUGCACUGGUAUACAAUCGCACUGAUAGAUGAAUAAAAAUUAAAAAAAGAAUAAAUGAAUCAAUAAUAAUAAUGAUAAUGACAAAUGAAAUAAGAACUACAAUAAACUUGUGUUUGAAACUUUUUUUAUUAUAAAAAAAACUAUAAAAGCAAAUAAAAAAGAAAAUGACUGUUUUUGUACAUCAAAAUAAAUUCUUUUCAAAAGAAUAUUUUGGAUCUAGUUUCAAAAUUAUUUUAGUGGUUUUCUAUGUUCUGAAUUUUUGAGACACUGACUUCUAAGAUGUGUCACUGUACAAAAUGAAUUUUUUCUGUUGCAGUGGCCUGAUGGGCUGGGAGGGUUGCCUGGUGUAACUCCUCAUACCAACUUUUGUUUCUUUUCCGUUCGAUUUUUUGGAACUUUAUUUCUCUGCUUUAGUAACUUGAAAAAUGUUGAUGGAAAAAUAUGAACUGGGAACUUCAAAUCCAUCCCCUAUAGAGCUAGACCCUUCCUCCUUUCCUAUUGAAUUGCUGUUAGUGUGAUGAGACUUGAAAUGGGCAUUUACUAUGAUACUAUGACUCCAACAGAGAAAAAAAAGCAAACAAACAAAUAUAUAAAAAAAAGGAAAAAAAAAACAAAACAAAAGAAAUUAGCAAAAGAAUUGCAAAAGAAAAGUGGGGGGGGGGGGGAUGACAGAAUAUAUAUAGAUGGGUUAUCUGAGUAUGUAAGCAAUGGCUGUGAAGAUAAUGUAGUUUUAAACAUUGUUAUUACCUUUUAAAAUCAUUUAUUCAAUAAAAAAUACAAAAUCAA